CCACGCGCCCGCAACAGAGUGGGCACGCUCACACGGCGUCACGCUCACACGGCGAGGCCGGCGCAGGUGUGAGACCAUGGUCCGCUCCUCGCGCAUCACCUUCUCCUCGGCGGCGGCCGUAGCCAUGGCGGGUGCCGGGGGCUCCUCCUCCUCCGAUGACGACGAGGCCGGCGAGGAGAUCGAGUCGGCGCCCCCGCUCCGCGUCGGCGAGGAGCGCGCCAUCGGCCCGUGGGGGAUCCGCAAGCGCCUCCUCCGCGACGGCCAGGGAUGGGCCACCCCCGUGCCUCCCGACGAGGUCUCAGUGCACUACGUUGGGACGCUCCCCGAUGGCACGCUGUUUGCGUCGACGAGGGACGGAGGAGGGGAGGAGUCCCGCACGAUCAAUCUCGGCAGUGGAGAUGUGGUAGCUGGGCUAGAGCGUGGAAUCUGUACAAUGAAGAAAGGAGAGAAAGCAUUAUUUAUGCUUCCUCCUUUGGCUUAUGAAGAUUCUGGUGCUCCGGGUGUUCCUAUUGGUUCUGAGCUACAUUUUGAGGUUGAGCUGUCAUCAUGGUUAACAGUGGUGGAUGUAUGUAAAAAUGGUGGAAUUAUAAAGAAAGUUUUGUCAACUGGAGUGAACAGACAAACAGGGGAACUUGAUGAAGUUACAGUCAAGUACAAAAUCAAGCUACUUGAUGAGUCAACAGUUGAAGAAUCUCCGGAAGAAGGAUCAACCUUCUUUGUAAAUGAAGGACAUGUCUUACCAGCACUGCCUAUGGUCCUAAAAACUAUGAAGGAAGGAGAGAGAGCUGUUGUGAUGGUGCAAUCACAAUAUGCAUUUGGGGAGCAGGGAAGAGCUGCUAAAAACCAAUUUUCUGCUGUUCCACCAAAUUCUGCAGUCAAUAUGGAUGUGGAAUUAGUUUCACUGAAGCCAGUGGUUGAUGUUAGCGGAGAUUUAAAAGUAAUGAAGAAGACAUUAAAGUCUGGUGAUGGCCUUCGCACCCCACAUGAUGGUGAAACUGUUCAUAUUAGAUAUAUUGGCAGCCUGGAGGAUGGUACUGUCUUUGAAAAGUUUGGCUUUGAUGGGGAGCCCUUUGAGUUCAUCAUAGAUGAAGAACAGGUAACGGUUGGAUUAGAUCGUGCAGUGGCAACAAUGGUGAAGGGUGAACUUACUGAAGUGACAGUGAAGUUUGAGUAUGGAUUUGGCAGUACAGAAGUACAAAGACAAUUGAUAACUGUACCAUCUUGCUCUACAUUGAUAUAUGAAGUGGAAUUGAUAGACUUCACAAAGGAGAAAGAAUCAUGGGAGAUGAGUGCCCAUGAAAAGUUGGAGGCUGCAGAGAAAUCAAAAGUUGCUGGCAAUGACCUAUUCAAGAUAAGAAAGUUUCAAAGGGCUGCAAAGAAGUAUAGCGAGGCCCUUAGUUAUAUUAAUGAGGACGGGCAUGUUGAAGAUGAAGUUGAAAAGUUAGUGAAAACUGUGAGAAUAUCCUGCUGGUUAAACCAUGCAGCAUGCUGUCUUAAACUGAAGGAUUUUGCACAAGCAAUUAGCUUGUGUUCAAUGGUGUUAGAAAUUGAAUCUUGCAAUGUGAAGGCUUUGUAUCGGAGAGCACAAGCUUACAUUGAAUUGUAUGACCUUGAAUUAGCCAAGACAGAUCUACGGAAAGCACUAGAACUGGAUCCUAACAACAAGGAGGUGAAGUUACUGCAAGCAAAUCUGAAAAAGCUUCAGGUAGAGAGUGACAAACGGGAUGCAGAGCUUUAUGCAAACAUGUUUGAUCGAAUAACAGAAGAAUCCGAUGCUGUGUCAAAGAAGCGCAAGGUUGAAAAUGUAAAUCACAAUGAAGAAACAAAGAGUUCUGACGCAGAGGAAGCACUAGAGGUGGUCAAAGGACACUGAAGAUAGUUUUGCGUAAUCCUUUCGUGAUGUUUACAGUCCUUGGAAGGUAUCGCAAGAUUAUAAAUGGGAAGGUAUCAAAAAUUGGUUCCUAGGCACAGCGAUUUCGUACCUUCCUACUUAUAACUCGGCAGCAUCUCUUUUAUGAGCACUGUGUAUUCAAACAACAAUGCUACGGAUGAGACUUUAUGCCAGUUAGUGGAAGAAAACUCGCACCAACUAAUAGAAGAUAAGAUGAAACCUCUUUCGAGUCUCGACAAA